ACAACGCGGGAACGGAAGCGAAGUUGAACAUGUUUCUUUCGAGUCGAGCUGUCUCCGUGCCAAAAUUUGUAGAGGUGUAACACUGGGGAUCAAGCGGCGCCACCGACGGACAAGUCGAACAGUCGUUUAGAUGCUAUGAUGGAGACUGAGUCAGAUGGAGGUGAUGAGGAGAGUGUGUUCUCCUCCACCACAUGGACCAGUGGAGGGCUGCUGGAUGGGGAGGAGGAGGAGGAGGAUGGGACUCCCUUCUACACUCUCAUUUCUGGAGACAGUCAAGUGGAGACAGAAGCCAACAAGGGUCUACAAUUUGUGAGCAGAGGGAACAGUCACCAGCCCAUCCACAUUCCCCUGGUACACCUGCUGCGCCGGGCACUGCUACAGCAUAACUGGCACCAGGCAGCACACGUCAUGGCAGCGCUCUGCACCGAGUACAGGGAUGUAGGACAUGUCAUCUGGCAGGUUGGAUCAGAAGUGUUGUACAACCAUCCUGGGACAGAGUCUGUUCACCUCCAGUCACAUGCAGAUAACAUGGAGAAAGUGGUGACGCUGAAUCGGUUCCAAGUUCACCUGGAGUUCAUCUUCCACCUGCUGAGUAAGGGACAACUGGAGGAGGCCUACGAAACAAUCAAGUCAGGGCCUCUGAGGAAGAAAGGGGCGGUAUAUUUCACCAAGGCUACUCAGCCCAUCUGGGUGCCUGUUGUGAAAGCCUACACUGGACUGAUAGAGUAUGGACUGUGGAUACAGGGGAGACAUAAAGUCAGCCAGCUACAGGACGUUAGCGGCCUCACGGGAGGUUACGACACACAGGAGUCAGUGAUGCUGGACUCCACCCUGACCACAUGUGAGGAGACAGUCCAGAGGACAGAAGAGGCUAGGAAGGUUCUGCAGGGGUACUGGGAGAAGAACCCAGAAAAUCCAAAUGCACACAAAUAUUACUACUUCUUCCUGAAGAAACAUAACAGUCCUAAUGAGCAAAAAGUCAAAGUGCUUAAGGAGCUGCAGAAAAUAGUGCCAUCAGAUGGGCUGAUGUUGGACCUUGUUUGUUUAAAGCAAGAAGAAGAUUUAGGUGAGUGUCUCCAUGUGCUGUUUGACCUUUUGGACCACCACUGCUGGAGUCAGGACAUCAGACCCUGGCAGAACCUGGCAGAUGUCCUCAGGAAGAUUCACACAAUACAAACUCCUUCCCUGCUGGACACAUUAGAACAGUGUUGGUACAUCAGACAGGACUGGUGGCCCCCGUACCACUUCCCCCCCUCCUCAGCUGAACACAUGGUCCGGUCCAACCCGGCACUGGCCCUGGUCAAAGCUGUUGUCUGCAGUCUGAUAUCAGCUGACAGAGGGUUUUCCCAAGUUGUAUCCGACCUUCUGCAGCCAGGCCAAAGAGCUGUUGUGGAAGAGGCUGUUCAAAUUGGCAAUGCUUGGAGGAGAAUACAGGAUGGCAGGAGAAGAAGGAGCAGCAGCAGUAGCAUUAGCUCCAGUAGUCACAGGGACAGACACAGCACAAGCAGCAGCAGUAGUAGUAGUAGUAGUAAUAGUAGUACUGUAGGUGGUAAUCAUAUUGCAAACAGGAGAAGUAGUAGGAACAGCAGCAACAGCACUUACAGUAGUAUCAGUAGUGUUGGUAGUAACAACAGCUACAUCAGCAAUAUUUCAAACAGCAGUAGCUUGGAAGAGAAUGUCAUAUAGCAAUGAUACAUGUACUAGUACUUGCGGCCCAAAUCACCUAAUAGAUGACUUUCUAAAACAAACAAAUAUUCUGCUCCUUUAGUACUUGGGUAAAAAGAUGGUAUAUACAUGUACAUAUGUAUAGUUCCUUCAAAAGUUACAUUUUGCUACUGUUCUGAAACCACUAAAAGCACCUGAAGUGUCCCUACCCUGCUGCAGUGGUUCUUUACAUGUUCUCAAAGGUGCUUAAUGUAAAGGUAAGAUUAGGACGACACGAAGUAAAUUUUUUGGCGACCUCUUAGGGAGGAGCCUAAUGGUACAGUAUCGUGUGCAAUUUGCAAGAAUACUAGGAAUUGUACACUCAGGUAUUUUGUCCACAGGCAUGAAUGUCUCCCAGCUCUGUUUGCAGACCCAGAUCUAUGCCUACAUUCCUGGACACCCUUGGGAAAACCUGUCUGCGCUACUAACCCCGGGACUCGUUCACUAUACACUCAGGAGAGUAGUGCAGACUCCCUAGAAUCUAUCUAGACUUAACAGGUACCAAGGCUUUCUCAAAAUCAUGAAAUCAAUGCAGUGCCAUGCAAACAAUAACCCUAACAGCAACCAUCGUCGCCAUGGCAAUGUAUGUUUUCUUUGCCAGUCUUGUUUGUCAUUUAUUUACACAGUUAGUUGAAUCAACCCUUUGCAUUACAGUACUGCAUAUUCAGGAAGUGUACAAAGGUGUACAACAGCUAUCGAUUUGUUUAUAUCCAAACAUGU